UUUUCGCAUGACAUGUAAUACAUGUCCUUUGUACAUCCUUUGACAAGAACGUGCUGUGUGCAUUCUUGGUGUUUUGCGCUGGAGGUAGGUGCCAGGGAACGAGAAUUCGUCAUUUUUCAGUUAGUGCCAGGAAGAAUUUGUGAUUUUUUUUCUUAUUUGUCUGAUUUCAUUUAGUUCGUUAGAAUGAUUACGGUUUGCUUUUUUGUAGAAAUCACUGAAAUCAUGGUAGCGUUCAUUACUUUUGUCAAAACUGGCAGCAUUCGGCUUCCGUACCAUAGCCGGUAAACCAACCUCGUCCGCAGUGUAUGUAGAAUUGUUUUCCACGUUUUCGUAAAAACUUACAUGCCCUUACGUGCAGACACCGGCAAAGCCGUCAGGCAUUUUGGGGACGAGGUUAGUGCAAGUAAACGUGAAGAGCACGUUUUACGUGGUUUUACACACGUUUUAGUAGGACUAGUGAGUUUACGCGGCGAUACGGUCUACAAUCGAACGCGCUGUGGAUAUCGCCGCUUCCGAACUUCAAGAAACGUUUUCGAGCUACAGACUACAGUUUUUGAUUUUCGUUCCUGCAGCUUUCAUUGUAAAAGAGCUAGUAGACCACUUGUGAUGAACGUACACUCCUGGAAAAUGCUCGUGUACAUGCGUCAGGCCUCCGAAAAUGGUCGAACCAACAUGCAGAGUGCUGAGAAAGCUUGACCAUUGCGCAAGUGUCGGGCCAAUGAAAUCCUUUUCCUUAACGAUCUACCACAGAUGUGAAUUUGGACGAUUGACUGAUGAUGGUUGGAUUGACAGAUUACCGGCAGGAGCAGAUCCCCUCUGCAUGGACAAGUGAGCACUGCAUUACCCAGCCACUAUGGAAGCUGACGUGAAAUGGUGCCCUCAGUGUCAGCAAAGAGGAGAAGGGAAACGCAUGCGACUGCUUCAGAUCAGUGACAGUUUGGCAGCGUUACUUUGUGAGAAUGAAAAGUGUGUGCAUUUUGAAGAUGCCUCAUCUAUAUCAACAAUCAUUCUCCAGAGGAAGGCAUCAGAAAUUCCCAACACCAAAAAAAAGAAAAGCAAAUCUCUGCCUGGCAGCAGCUCGCCUCCAUCAAGCAUGGAUCCCAAACUAUCAAAAGGUGUUCAGUAUUCUAACACAGCUGAAGGCCUUCCAGUCAGCUUCGCAUCAUCAGAGCACCUAUCUGUAACCUUGUCAUCAACAAUGCAAUGGGUCAGGCUCUGGACGAAUAAGAAUGCCCUCUGUUGGUUGGAUGCGUGCCUGUGUGUUCUGGUAGCCUGUCGCAGCCUUCGCGCCUGCCUUGCUCAGCUUCCGGAGAAGUUGGCAGUGAGGAAGCUGUGUACAGCAUUCGUGGAAGCUCAGAGGAGGCAGACCUUGGAAGAGCAUGGUACCAGUCAAGACGCAAGAACUCAGUGUGCCAGGGACCUAUUGGAAACAAGUGUAGCACCUCUUGAAAUUAGCGGGGAAACUGGUCCCAACCCCAAUCAUAAUGUUGAGGAAAGCAGUCAUAACAACGUGAUUGCCUCCAAUGUUGCAGCGACGACACACUCCAAACAGGCUACUAUGCUUGAAUCAAACUGUUGGAGCAACAGACUUGACAAAGUGAGAGACGAGUUACUUUGUAGAUUGCAGCCAGUGAUGAAGUGCACUUUGGGUCAGGAGGAGUCACCCGUAGUGGCCUUGCCAGCGCUUCUUCGCCUUGAUGGCAGCAUCGAGGAGCAUUUCAUGUGCAGGUGUCGGUGGGAGUUCUACUGCAGUGCGUGCGGUCAUGCACAGAUCAUUCUGAAUAACAAGACGAUACCUACAUUCACCCGUGUGCCUGCUGACUUCAGUAUGGCAGACCCAGUGAUGCUGCUCGACUGUUACCACUGCGGCGUCCCAAACCAGGAGAGCCACCUUGUCUUUCACAGUCUGCCAGCGUCUGUGAUGAUGCAUUUCCGAGACGGUCUUCCUGAUGGCGACCUAUCAAAGCACCACAGUUUCUACUUCAGAGGAGAUGUUUACACUCUCAGGGCCAUGAUUCAGUAUCGUCGUAAUCCCAAUCAUUUCAUCACAGUCAUCCGAGAUCAAGAAACAAAUCAGUGGUUGGAGUACGAUGACCUGAUGCCCUCUCCCUUUGCUUGGCAGACUCAGCAACCUCACAUCCCGGCAAGAGAGAUUCACAUCUUGGUGUGGGAGCGAGUGGGAAAACCUUGCACGGCGUGCGUCGAAAUGCACCAGGACAUCACCAGCAUACGGGACAUGCCAGUCAAAACUGCCACGAGUGAAGUUCCAGUGAUGAGCGCUAAUGCUGUGCCUCAGCAGUGCAAGUCUAGCCACUGGAAUGGCAAUGGCAUGUGGAGAAAUCGGAAGCUUGCUUCCCUCUCUGUGUCCAGUGGAAAAAACAAGCAUGAACGCGAGGCAGUGAGGGAGGUAGGUAGGAACAGACUGGACAGUUGUCCUUCAAAUGUGGACCUGCAAACGGUUGUGAUAACUGACGUUGACUGCCCCACUGAGGUAAAGCAAGAACAGAUAGAUCUGACAAUGGAAACAAAGAGUCUUCCUACAGUUGGCCCACAGGCAGUGGCUGGUCAGGAGUCAAGAUCAGAGUCUAAAAACAGUUUGAAUCCCAGCGGUCUUUCCCAAGUAAGUUCCCAAAGAAGUCAGAAAUUGCCCUCUCACAAGCUGAAUGGUGGUGCAGGAAAACCACACAGCACCGAACAGAAUUGUGCUAUAGCUGUGAGGGAGACUGAACUCUUGCGGAAUAAAAAUGUCCAGGCACGAAAUAGCACCACCCCAGGGAAGCCAGUACUGCAGCCAGAUGCUCCUGAGCCAACCUUUCUGCGGCAGCUCGCCUCCCGGAGGAAGAGCAAACUUGAUAAAGAAAAAAACACAUCAGUGUCGGCAAUACUGGUAAAGAUACCUGAGCAGCUGCUAAAAUUCUCAGGGCAGGGCGUUGCAAGUACCCACCCUAAAUUGGGAAGUGCACUGUCCAGUCCUGAACGCGCUGCCUCAAACACAUCAGUCUUUAGUAAGAUUCCCAAGCAGUUGUCAGGAGGAGACGUGAUUACUUACCCACUGCCUUCUCCUAGCCAGGCUGAGCCAAAUGGACAAAUGGCGAGGCCAAUCUUGGUCAGCUGGUCACGCAGGCUCUCGGGGAAGCAGGUGAAAUUCCAGCCAUACGGCCAGAGUCCAGAAGACCAGAAAGCUGAGCAAGAGAACAAGGACUCACAUUCAACGCCCAAACACGGCGUCCGCGGCAACGCCAGCACUCUGAGGUCUUGGCAGAAGAGGGUUGGGAAGUACUCAUCAAGUGUCAAUGUCCCCAACAAGAGAGUGAGGCGGAACAGCACUGAGGACAGCACCAGUAAUUACCCAGAUCUGCCCCAGCAUUUCAUGCCUCCAUGCUCCUCUGUAUCAAGCCCUAGUGCCUGCUCAGAUAUCAGCUCUCUGUCAGAUAACCAAUCCUACACAAGUGGAAAGGAUGACCUGACCACCACCAUAGAUGAACUAUACAAGGCAUUGGACAUUGGCAGUGAAUACACCCCAUCUGUUAGUUCCAGGGUCUCAAGUCCAUCCCAGGAACUUUUGUUUUCAGAGCUGUUGGCAGACGAAACAGUGUCAACGGAACUUGAGAGCAAAUGUAAUGAUGACCAUUUUACUCCAGCAAACACUUCCAAAAUGCAGACACCCUCAACAGAUUGCAUCAACCAUGCUCUUUACACCGAGACACUGUCCUCUUCAUUUUUAGCAUCAUCAACUACACACACCCAGUUACAGCCCCUGGCCCACGAACACUGCCCUGGCGACGUUCUAACACCCUCUGUUUGCAGUUCUAAAACUGCUGUAGCAGUGACGAACACUUCAUCAUCCAUAAUGAGUGAAAAAGAACAGAGAGACGCUGUGCAUGAAACUACUCUGUCUCAAGAGCCUCUGGAAGGAAUGGUGCCCUCUGUUGGCAUCAAGUGUCCAGCUUCAGCACCAGUGGGAUCCACACCACCACCUGAAGCAGCCCAGUCUGCCCUGGCUGAUGCUGCAAUGUCGCCCUCUUGCACCCCCAUGCAACCAGCUCUACACCCUGUUGCUAUGCAACCACCAGACAUCGACAAGCUCAUGUUGGACUGUGCAGGCGCCCAUGUAACUUCGCCAAGCGAUCACGUGUCAGGAGCCUGUGAAUCGGGUUCAUUUUCCGACUUGACAUCAGGCCUAAUGACAGCCCCACUUUUGUCCUCCACCGUCACAAACUUUGAGGCAACCGAAGACUUUAAUGACCUGUUAAACCCACUGCUGUGCAAUGACGUUGAAGAAAGCCUGGACAUGUUGGGAUCUGAAUGGAAUGACAAUUUAAUUGAGUUACUCUCUAGGUGAUUUAUUGUUUAUUUGUACCCUAGAACAAUCGAUCAAAAACUGAAAAGAAGUUAACUCAGUCGUUUUACUGACAGUUGAUAAAGCCCUGCAAAUCUAAAAAUACAUCCCAUUUAUUUUUUCCGUCAGUAAAGGAAUGUUAAACUAUUAUUGAAUUUAAUCCAUUCAAACGAGUAACAUGAAAGUUAGACAUCAAUAAAAGCAUUCUUUUUCAUUCAAAAUUUUCUAAUCAACUUUUGAAAUUCUUUUGCUUUUCCAUUCUACAUCUGCGAAUGUGUUAAAGGAUUUCUGGAAUAAAAACAAGCUAUCCUGGUCUUUAACUAGUGUUGAACCAGGAAAGAUAAUUUGCAUUUAUAACGUUUGAAUUGAGAAGGAUUUGUGAAUGUGGAAUGCCAGAUCAGUUCAAUAUUAAAAAUUGAUGUUGUUUUUGAUCAAACAUUUGGUAGUACAUGUACCCACUAAAGCAGAAAUAAAAAGUUACAUUUUAAUAUAUUUUUGGCCUGAUAUUAUCAGGUAUAACCAUUCAGCUGCCUUUAGGUUUACUCAACACCUUGAAAUACGAUUUUAGAAUGCAAUUGUGUCACCAGAUAAUUGAAUUUUCCCCUUCUGUUAUUUGAUUUUCACCUUUUUGAAAAUGCAGUAACCCUUGAGAUAAUAUUUACAGCAUAUACAGGUAUGUGGUUAAUUCCAGAAAUUCGAGGUCCAUUUUUCUGUGUCUCUGUCACAUCUGACAUCUGAUUUUGUAAGUUCAGAACAUAUUUUCAAAUUUCCAUGAGUGAUGAAUUAAGGCAAAUUAAAUGCCAAACAAAAAAGUAAUAGUUUGAAAACAAUUCCGGUGAUAUUUCCAUGUCAAAUAACAAAGUUCAGAUGUAACAGGGGCUCAAAAAUAUCACACUUUUAGACCCGUAAUUUCUGGAAUUACCUAUGUGUUAAAAUGUCAUGGGCUGUUUUCCUCUAUCUGAAUGCAUGUCUGCAUGCACUAUAUUACAAGUGUGUGUUAAGGAAUGUGAAUUUAGAUGUCUACAAAGUAACAUUACCCGCUAAUUCUUUUGUGUAAAUUCCUAUGCCUUUGAUAAAGUAUCAUUACCCUAAAUAUUAAAAGCUAUAACUUGAAAAUACUGUAGAAUUUGAAACAAGCUAGUUUUUUUCUUUUUUGCUGAGUCUUUUCUGAGACUAGUAAUUUUGUGAACAACAUUGCUCGCCGGGUGGUUUCAAGGUGAAAAUCCAGUACUUGGAAAAGGCUCCGUACCAAAGGCACUAAGAAAUUAAAAAUGCAUUUUGAAAUCAA